GUAGACGCUCUGAUGGCGGAUGCUUGGAUUGUGCUGUCAAACUUUGGUUCUUGUUUCACCACCUUGGCUCAUCUUCUUUCUGCAUGAGUCAUGGACCACUGACCUUAAGUUAUUGGGGUAAAUAAGCUUCCAAUAGGCUUUAUUAAUGAACUAUGAUACCAGGAGCCUUUUGAUUGUGACUCCCAACUGACAAUGUGGGGAACUAGAUAAGGACAUCUGCUCUCUUGAGAAUAUGUUCUCCAGGAAUCGCUUCAAUGGACAACAUGGAGCAGGUGUUGCCCCUAAAGGAGGCACAAAGGCAAAAGUCCAUCCACCCAAAAAGAGGGCUCCAAACCCCAGGGUAGCACUGGUCAUUCGGGGUAAAAUACACCGUCUCCUGCAAGGAUCUGCAGACCACCAUGUCCCAGAUUCCCACCUUUAUUAUGCAGGUAUUGAGGAGGAUGAGGAGGCUGAAAAACAAGAGAGCAGAAAGGAGCACAGGGGCGUAUAUUCAAAGGUUGGCCCCAGGGCUGAAGCCUAUUCUCCAAAAGUGUCAGAUAGUAAAAGACAUGGAGUAACACUGGGGCUACCAUGUGUAGGAGAGGUAGAGCUGAACAGAGAGGGAUGUAUAAGGAUACCCUGUACUUUGCAGCACAAAAGCUGCAGACCCUCAGCAAAUAUGAAACGAAUCUCCUUUGAGGGUGAAAUUCAAGGAAGUCCGGAGCAGAUUCGAGCAGCCUCACGCUACAAUCCAAUUGGACCAGACAUGAAUGGUGCUAAAUUUGCAGGAGCAGCCAGAAGGGAUUUUGCUUCACCCCGUAUUCGGCCAAAGAGACCUUAUUCUACUGGUGACUGUGUGGAUUACAACUUCAACACAGCUAUCCCGGGUACGCUGCUGGAAGAGGAUGAAGAAGGUUUAGGGGUGGAUAAAGAGGAGGAAUCAAGUGCCAUCAUUGAGCACAUUUUAAAAGAGCUGAGGGGGAUCAACAAAAUCCAGGAGGAAAUCUCAGACCUCAGGGAUUACCUUACCUCAGUACGAGGGUCAGUUGAGGAAGUAUCAUCCUGUGUAGAUGCUGUAUUGUUAGAGAUUGAGGGCAUUCGUUCUAGCAACAAGGCUGGCUCUGGGGUACAUGCAGGUACGUGGUCAGGGGUAGGGUGCAAAGAUGGGCCAUCCACUCGCAAAAGGCCCGCUAGUGCCUAUGGCAGUUUAGGGAGUUCAGUGCCAAAGUCUGAUUCAAAUCUUUUUCCUGUGGUCUGCAAUGAACGCCAUAGCAUCCAUGGAGAAUUACUGCUACCAAGGGCAGAAGUGUCCCCAAUUGCUGAAUCAGUGGAUCAUCAGGAAUUGGAGGAACCAGAGGAUAACUCUGACCAUAGCUCAGAUAUCCCAGUAGGUGCUAUGGCAAGAAAGCUCAGCUUUGGCUACCUUGAGAGACAAGAUGGCCAAGACUGUCCAAGCACCAGCUCCUUGUCUUCUGGUCAUAGUUCCAAGUCUGAGUCAGACUUAGAGAGACCGUCAUCUAGUCAUGGAAGGAAGCAUCAAAGAGCUGAUGAUGGGGGAGAACAUUGGACUAACACUGGGGCCUCUGGGGAACCUGUGUGGCAUAGGGAAACUGCUUACCACAGGAAGGGAAGUCUGGAGGAGCAUGAAGGUGAGAGUCUUUGCUGUGAAGGAGCUGGUAGCUGGGAUCACUAUAGAAGUGGAGGCUAUAGUACAUUGGGGCAGUGCUCCGCAGGAAGUUCAGAGCAUCUCUCUGUUCGCUCUGGCCAACAUUACAACUCACCUGCCAGCACUUCUAGCAGGGAGGAGUGGCAGUCAAGGAGGCGAAGGCCUCAAACCCAGUCAGGGAUUCAUGUUCCAACAGAUACCAACCUUGAAAUCCCCACUGUUGGAUUUGAGUGUGCUGCUGAUUGUUCCUACCCUCAAAGUUCUGGUUACCAUUCAGUUGAUGGGCAUGAUGGAGAAACAGAGGAAUUUGACUAUGGGCAAUCAAAUGACCCAAGCUACUCCACAGACUGUCAAGUUGAUAGUUAUCAGGAAACGUAUUUAGCCUACGAAGAGUCUUCAGCAUGGACUGAGGCAUCCCUAUUUACAACUGUAGCUGAUGUGAAUAGGCCAGUCAGCCAAGAGACUGAAGUCAGUAACCAAAGCCUAGAAAACCGACUCCCUCACCCUGGCAGGGCAGAUGUUCAAACGAGUGGUUUCAAUGUCAAGCGCAUAGGUCGAGCUGUACUUGAUUUUAGCUCUGCCUUGAGGGGAGCAUUGCGCAAACUUGAAGUACCUGCAGCUGGAGAGGAAACAGACUUUGAAAUAUCAAUGCCUUCUGACCUGCCUACAGCUGAGUUUCCUACAAAACCUAUAAGCUGUGAGACACAAUUUGAACAAACAUCUGAUGAAACCCUUCAAGAAGAUGUGGUUUAUAGUUGUAAUGCUACUGGGGAAUUGAGCAAAGACAGUACAUUAAACAAAUCAGAUCUUUUCCCCAUGGAGCCUAUGCUUGAAGAAGCCAUUAACAGCCUUACGUUAGAGUCUACAGACGCUUGCCAACAUCCUCCUAGUUUGGAAAAGAUCCCCCCAUUCUCAGAGGAACUUUCAGUCUGCCCUCACCCAAUCUCCAGUAGCACUACAAUACUGCUUCCACCUGAUGGCCUUACAGAACACCCUGCAGAAGGCCCUGCAGAAGGUCCUGCAGAUCUGAAUGUUAAGGCCCAGCUUUCACAAUGCACUACUACAGAAUCCCUCUCAGUCUCCCUCUUGGCUGAUGAACCUGUAGCACCGGAGGAGCAGGGAGAAGUUGAGGUGCCACUGCCACAACAACCCACCACAGAUACUGCUAUGGCUCCAGAGGGCAACAUAGAAGGAAAUGCGGCAGAGCCACUCCUGGAGAUAAGUCAGAUGGAUGAACGCAGGCUAAAGUGCCUGAGGAGCUUCCAGCAGAUUCUGCGAGAGAAGAGGGAGACUAGGCGCAACCUUGCCAGUAUGACCAUGUCCACCUUCUCUCAGGAUGAGUUUGAACCAGAUGGAAGUCAAGAUGGAGAUCAGGUUACCUCUUUUGUGGUUUCUCUGCCGAUCUUACAUUAUUAGCAUGACAUCCUAGAAAAAGUUGUUCUUUCUGUACAAUUUUCUGUAUAUUCUUUUGACAUUUCCUCAUGUCAGUGGCUGAUUUUACUUCAUUUUCCUGUUUUGUUGUAUUUAUAUCACUUUCUGUCUGUCUCUGGAAAAGGUGCACGUAAUCCUGAAAAUACUGCAGUUCAAUAAAAUAGCUUUAGGUUUUACGAGAUGUCAACUUCAAUGCAUCUGUGACCUAUUAAGAACAUUUGUGGUUUCAGUCAUAAAAAUAAAGAUGCCGUAUAGUAAUAGGUCAGUAUUGAUUAGGGCACAAUAUUGAUGAAAAAUAACAUUGAUGUUUAGCCUGUCGGGCCGCCAUGUUUGUAUGUUUUGUUACUGUCACUGUGGUAUUUUCUUUACUAGCUGUCAGACUAGGAAAAAAGCAAAAGGUUUAGAAAGCAAAGGUCAAUAUUCAGUGUGUUUUUACUGGAAGCAU